GUCCAACCAUUUUUCACCUGUAUCUCAUCUCCUCGUACCUCCUGUCCCCUUUAUUCUCCUAAAAUUCGACGUCUCCUUGCUUUGCAUAAAAAAUGUGCCCCCACACCAACGGUGACAGUCUCUCCAGCGAUCGCUCUGAAAUGGUCCAGGUCGAUCUAUCAAAUGGCGUCAAGACAAAUGGUGUCAACGGCCGUCCUACCAACAAUCCUUCGAUCAAGGUUAUCCAAGAGCAACAGAAGAGGAACCCUUACGCUCCUCGUGCCUCAGAUUUCCUGAGCAACGUCUCAAACUUCAAGAUUAUUGAAAGUACCCUACGGGAGGGCGAGCAAUUCGCUAAUGCAUUCUUUGACACUAAGACUAAAAUCGCCAUUGCCAAGGCACUGGAUGCGUUCGGCGUUGAUUACAUUGAGCUGACGAGCCCCGCUGCAUCAGAACAGUCCCGGAGAGACUGCGAGGCAAUUUGCCAACUUGGUUUGAAGGCCAAGAUCCUCACUCACAUCCGUUGCCAUAUGGAUGACGCCCGAAUUGCCGUUGAGACUGGUGUGGACGGUGUUGACGUUGUCAUUGGCACAUCAUCUUUCCUCCGUGAGUUCUCGCACGGAAAGGACAUGGCCUACAUCACCAAGACUGCCAUUGAGGUUAUUGAAUUCGUCAAGAGCAAGGGCAUCGAGGUCCGAUUCUCCUCUGAGGACUCUUUCCGAUCUGAUUUGGUGGACCUUCUCUCCAUCUACCAAACUGUUGAUCGUAUUGGUGUGAACCGUGUUGGUAUUGCCGAUACCGUUGGUUGCGCCAACCCUCGUCAAGUUUAUGAUCUCGUUCGCACCCUUCGUGGCGUCGUCAGCUGCGACAUUGAAAUCCACCUUCAUAACGAUACUGGAAUGGCCAUUGCUAAUGCCUACACUGCUCUCGAGGCUGGUGCAACUCAUAUCGAUACUUCAGUCCUUGGUAUCGGUGAGCGUGUCGGUAUCACCCCUCUUGGUGGUCUCGUCGCUUGUCUCUACGCCGCCAAUCCGGAGUACGUCAAGAAUAAGUACAACCUCCCUAUGCUCCGUGAGAUCGAGAACUUGGUCGCUGAGGCCGUCGAAGUCAACGUUCCUUUCAUGAACCCCAUCACUGGUUAUUGCGCAUUCACGCACAAGGCUGGUAUUCACGCCAAGGCCAUCUUGAACAACCCCUCGACGUAUGAGAUCCUCAAGCCCGAGGAUUUCGGUCUCACUCGUUAUGUCUCGAUCGGUCACCGUCUUACUGGCUGGAACGCCGUCAAGAGCCGUGUCGAGCAACUCGGCUUGAAGCUCACGGACGAUGAGAUCAAGGAUGCCACCGCCAAGAUCAAGGAGCUCGCAGACGUCCGUACUCAGUCUAUGGACGAUGUCGACUCGCUCUUGCGUGUCUACCACUCCGGUAUUCAAUCUGGUCAACUCGCUGUGGGCCAGAAGGAGGCACUGGACAGGCUGUUGAAGCAGCACCGGGAAGAGCGCGACGCCAACAGAGACCAAAGUCCUGCCCCUAUUGUGGCUUAAGAAAAGCGGCGAACAUGAUGCCCUGAUUUGCUUAGUAUUUCUUGCAUUGACGUUCUUGCGUACCCAUCAUAGUACUUCUGACGAAACACACGUUCGUUGAGAAUUCGUUGCUCUCAUUUAUACAUUGUAUUAUAGAACAUAAACAUUGCGUUGCUUAUGUUGGAUGGUACGCAUUUUUCUUGUAUUGGUAGUGGCUAAAAUAUCGACGUAGAGUCGAAUAUGAUAUGGACUUUAUUAUGAUUCACAUGUGGGGAUGAAGAUGGGCCAUCCAUUAUGUGGAUGCAAGCAUGCAAUGCGUUAAAUUACCAGUCU